AUGCUUGCUCCUCUCCGCAACACCAUGCUCCAGCGUGCUGCUGUGCUUCGAACCGGCGCCGUUCGUUCGCUCGCUACGCACGCUGCCGGUCCCAUCACCUACACCGAGGCACCCGCUUCGAAGCCUGCUACCUUGCACCUCAAGACCGGCGAGUCCUUCACCGGUCGCUCGUUCGGUGCUCCCCGCAGCGUGUUUGGUGAGACCGUCUUCACCACCUCGAUCACCUCGUACACCGAGUCGCUCACCGACCCUUCGUACCAGGGUCAGAUCCUCACGUUUACCCAGCCUCUGAUGGGUAACUACGGUGUGCCUGACAACGGCUCGGGUCAGUCGCCUAUCGAGCACCCCGCUGAUGUCGAUGUCGGCGCUUUCCUCGAGUCCAACAAGGUGCAGGCUGCCGGUGUCGUUGUCUCCAACUUGGCCGAGCGAUUCUCGCACUACCUUGCCAAGGAAUCGCUCGCCACCUGGUGUGCUCGUCACAACGUGCCCGGUAUCUUCGGCGUCGACACCCGAGCCAUCACCUCGCUCCUGCGCGACCAGGGAUCCACCCUCGGUGCUAUCCUGGUGGGCGAUGGCCACGAGAAGUCUCCUGCUGUUGGCGACUACGUCGACCCCAUGGCCGAGAACCUCAUCGCCAAGGUCUCGACCAAGGAGCCUUACGUGCUUCACCCCGUCGGUGGGGCUGCAGCCGCCCGAUGCCACGUUGCCCUGAUGGACUUUGGCUGCAAGGCCAACAUCCUCCGAUCUCUACUCCGCCGCGGCGCCUCGGUCACCGUUCUUCCCUGGAACUACGACUUCAACAAGGUUCGCGAUGGAUUCGACGGUCUGUUCCUUUCCAACGGUCCCGGCUCGCCCUACUCAAUCGAGCCUGCGCUCGACAUGGCUCGUGCCGCCAUCGCCGAGUGGGACCGACCCAUCUUUGGUAUCUGCAUGGGCAACCAGGUGAUCGGUAUUGCUGCUGGUGUCGAAGCCUACCGCAUGAAGUUCGGCAACCGUGGCCACAACCAGCCGGUCGUGGCGCUCAAGUCAGCGGGCAACUUCGUCAAGCGUGGCCGUGUCUAUAUCACGUCGCAGAACCACGGCUACGCGCUGACCCCGGAUGAGAGCAAGUGGCCCGAAGGAUGGCAGCCGUGGUUCGUCAACGCCAACGACUCGUCCGUGGAGGGCAUUAUCCGUACUCAGCUCAACGAGCAGCGCGCCAUGGUCUGGGGUGUGCAGUUCCACCCGGAGCACGCCGGUGGUCCCGAGGACACCAACGGCAUCUUUGAAGACUUUGUCGAGGAGGUGGUGCGCAUCAAGGGCCAGCAAGGCCGCGCUGACGCCAGCACCGGUCUUCCCGAGGACGUGGCCGUCAAGCAGGGUGCGCCCGCUUUUCCCGCCGCUGAGUACGGUGUCGUCGGGCAGAGCCCUGCCCACCUUUAG